GUCAUUGGCUCCCCGCGGUUUCCUUGGGGACGUGGCGCCGCCGGCGGCCAGGCCUGCUUCCGGCUGGGCGAGAGGCGCGGGGAGCCGCGCGGGGCGGAGCGCAGAGGUGCCGAGGGAGCCGGCGAGCCGCUCGAUCCGGCUGAAGAUUUAGGAGAUGCCUGGGACAAGGAGACCAUCUUCUCAAGGCAAAAGGAAAAGGAGGUGACAGGCGUUGAGACCACUUAAGGGAACCCAUGGCUAGGAUUAGUUUUUCCUACCUCUGUCCAGCCUCCUGGUAUUUCACUGUGCCCACCGUGAGCCCAUUUCCCCGGCAGCGGGUAGCCUUCCUGGGACUCUUCUUUGUAUUUUGUCUCCUUUUGCUUAUGUUGAUCAUGGACUUUCGACAUUGGGGUGCUCCAUCACCACGAGACAGGCAAUAUGAAAGGUAUUUGGCUCGAGUAGGGGAUCUUGAAGCUACUGACACUGAAGACCCAAAUCUCAGUUAUGGACUUGUGGUAGACUGUGGCAGCAGUGGCUCCCGGAUUUUUGUUUAUUUCUGGCCUAGACAUAAUGGCAACCCCCAUGACUUGCUGGACAUCAAACAGAUGAGAGACCGCAACAGCCAACCAGUGGUUAAAAAAAUCAAGCCAGGAAUCUCCGCAAUGGCAGACACUCCAGAACAUGCCAGCGAUUACCUUCGUCCUCUGUUGAGCUUUGCUGCUGCUCAUGUGCCUGUGAAGAAGCACAAGGAGACCCCCCUUUAUAUACUUUGCACAGCAGGCAUGAGACUUCUCCCCGAGAGGAAGCAGUUGGCUAUCUUAACUGAUUUAGUGAAAGAUUUACCCCUGGAGUUUGACUUCCUCUUUUCUCAGUCUCAGGCAGAAGUGAUCUCUGGGAAGCAGGAAGGGGUUUAUGCAUGGAUUGGAAUCAACUUCGUUUUGGGGAGAUUUGACCAUGAGGAUGAAUCAGAUGCUGAAGCUCCCCAGGAAUUGGCAUCAGGACGCAGACGGACAGUGGGGAUCCUGGAUAUGGGAGGAGCCUCUCUCCAAAUUGCUUAUGAAGUUCCUACCUCAACCACUGUCCUUCCUCCAAAGCAGGAAGAAGCUGCGAAGAUCUUGCUGGCUGAGUUCAACCUGGGCUGUGAUGCACAGCACACAGAACAUGUGUAUAGGGUUUAUGUCACCACCUUCCUGGGUUUUGGGGGCAACUAUGCCCGGCAGCGCUAUGAAGACCUUGUGCUGAAUGAAACUCUUAGCAAGAACAGGCUGCUGGGCCAGAAGACAGGUCUGAGUCCUGACAACCCAUUCCUGGACCCCUGCCUGCCUGUGGGGCUCACAGAUGUGGUGCAGAGGAACAGCCAGAUCCUGCACAUCCGUGGGAAAGGGGACUGGGCCACCUGUGGGGCGAUGCUGAGCCCCCUGCUGGCUCGCCCCAACACCAGCCAGGCCUCCAUGAAUGGCAUCUACCAGUCGCCCAUCGACUUCAACAACAGCGAGUUCUACGGUUUCUCCGAGUUUUUUUACUGCACAGAGGACGUGCUGCGCAUCGGUGGCCGCUACCACGGGCCGACGUUUGCCAAGGCCGCUCAGGAUUACUGUGGCAUGGCUUGGUCAGUGCUAACGCAGAGAUUCAAGAACGGCCUCUUUUCAUCGCAUGCAGAUGAACAUCGACUCAAAUAUCAGUGUUUUAAAUCGGCUUGGAUGUACCAAGUCCUUCAUGAAGGAUUCCACUUUCCCUAUGACUACCCAAACCUGCAGACGGCCCAGCUGGUGUAUGACCGCGAGGUCCAGUGGACACUGGGAGCCAUUCUGUAUAAAACACGAUUCUUGCCACUCAGGGAUCUACGGCAGGAGGGUGUCCGACAGGCACAUGGUGGCUGGCUCCGUCUCUCUUUUGUCUACAACCACUAUCUCUUCUUCGUCUGCAUCCUGGUGGUGCUACUGGCCAUCUUCUUGUACCUUCUGCGGCUGCGCCGAAUUCACCGCCGGCACGCUCGAGCCUCAGCUCCAUUGGACUUACUGUGGAUCGAAGAGGUGGUACAGGUGGGGCCAUGAGGACAGACAAGGAUUAAGAAAACUUGAGUGCCCCAGAGUUGCUGCUCAUUGAAUUCCAUCAGUUUCUUGGCUCAGAUGCUGCUUUGCCUGAUCUUGUGGAUAUUUGACUUUGGAAUUUCUACUUUAGUAUCUACUUUAAUUCCUUCCAAUUUCCAAGUUCUCUUCUCUGAGAGAAGCUAUAAUUUAAUCUGUGGAGAACUAAAUAAUGAGAGACUGGUGCUAACAAAGGGGACCAACCUUAGUCCAAUUGAAGAAUGCUUUGGAAUUGGAGAAAUCCUUUAUCUGAGAGGUCUGAUGUAUCCCUGGGAUGUAGACUUUCCCCCCCUUGCUAAAGCAUCAAGUUUGGCAUUGGGCACACUGGAAGCCUGGUUGAAACCAAACUUAGGACAUUUGAUACAAAGCUGAAGACAUUCUAGCAAGUGCAGCAGCCCCUGCUUUCUCUGUAACAGAGAGAUCAUUUAUGUGGAGAUCCACAGCCUUUAAUAGGGAUCCAAGAUCUUUGAAGUUCAGUGAAACAGAUAUGAAUUUCCAGGCAACCAAAAUAACACAACUCUUUACUUCCUUGACGACGAAGCCAUCUUGAGUGUGGUUCAAGAUCCCUGCCAUAGUGUUGGUGAUGAUAGUAUGUGAUUUUAAAAGGUUAGUACCCCUGCCAAGUGAAUGGUCCAUUGCAGAUUUGGACAGUAUCUUAUCUGAUGUCUCGUAUGACCAGGAUAGAAAAAUUUUCCGUUUCUAUGUGCCUCAAAGGCUGUUCGGGCAUUAAUUUUUUCUUUUUGAGCCUUAACUGUGCUUGUAAGAUGGAGAGACUGUAAUGGGGAUUAGAGACCUGGACUUGUCUGGUUUUAGGUCUCUGUCCUCUAGGGCUAUUUUUAUGAGUCCUUGUACAGGAAGACUCAAAGAGCUCCUUUAUUUUACUGCUACAAUCCAUAUGUAGUUUGGGGAGGGAUGUAUUUAGGUUGUUUUUAAAGAAGGGAAGAACAGUACUAGGAGAGUGGGCAAGGCAAUAAAAUCCAAGCUCUUAAUUAUAGUUUUUCUGAGACAUGGAUUUUUUUUUCUUAGACUUUUAGGGUGUCUGAAAAGCAAGUUCUAAACAUUGGAAUAAAUAGAUAAAUCUGUUAAUAAGGCAACUGGCAACUUUCAGAACUUUUGGUAAGGAAUAGCUUAGUCAAAGAGAGCAUUUCCAUUAGAAAUGAGAGGAAAACCAGAGUAAUUACACUUUCGUCCACUAUACUUCAGAGGCUUUGCUCCUCUACCUUUUAGCCUUCAUGUUGAUGGAGAUUUCCUUUUCAUAAAACUCCUGCUUUUCCCCCUGGAAUCUAGAAUGGUCUGCUCAAGAAUAUGCCCCUAAUAGCAAUCUUUUUCUUUUUGUUGACUUUGAAUUCUAAGAUUAGAUGACUAUGGAGAAAGGUCCCUGAGUUUACAAGGAAAAAAAGUGAAAUAAAAAACACUCCCUACUGGGAGCAGAAAGGAAAAUACAUGCGUCAUAAAAAAGAAAAAAAUCAAGAUCCUUUUAGAAGUAAACUGAGAUAAAAAGUAUACUGAUUCGUGGUUGGUAGAUGAAAGGUGAAAAAUCUUGAAUUGUUUUCAAAUUAGGUAAAAAACAAUCUUGCAGUUUUAUAGUUCCUUUGGAAAUUUUUUUUUUUUUAACUUUCCAUUAGGACUUAUAUCACAGCAAUUCCCUUUCAUUUUUGACUUCUUAAUUGCAUUGAUUUUCUUUAACUGGUCUUUGGUCACGUGAACAAGCCCUUUUCUUGUGAACGCUGCUUAAAAAUCAUGUCACGAUGUUUUUGCUAGGCGCUGCCUACUCAGGUAACUGUUCCUUAUACCCUCACCUUGGCUUCCAAAUACUACUUUUGGUUGUGUUUGAUUUAGUCAAUAAUCUAGUCAAAAGUUACCUAAUUGGUUAAUAGUGAUCGUGUUCAUUGUGCUCCAAAUGAAAUGACUUGGGGCUGGGGGUGAUAAUUAGUCCAAUUUGAAAGCUUACUAGCAAAGUUAUUCUUCAUCUUGAUUAUACAAUAAUAGCUAUACCAUUUGUUAAAUGUUUGUUGUGUGUCAGACACUGUUAAAAAUGUUAUUAUGUAAUCAUGAUAAUCAUUAUGACAGCCUUUCAGAUUGUGUUCUUUUUAUAGUUGAGAAACUCAGGAUACCUAUGUUUAUCAUUUUUUUCAAUAUAACUGUAUUCCUUUUAAUUUAAUUAGUGUUUUUAUUUUGUGUUAUAUGCUUUUUAUUAUUUUCAUAUUACAGGAUCUAGGCUUGUUUUUGUUAUCAUGAGUAAGACUUCUCAGAAAUCUGUGGUAUAAAAGUUGGAAAAAAUUUUAUCCUACUCCUUGGAAAAACUUGAUUAUUGCUCUUGAUUCUCCCACUACUCCUGAAUAAUAAAUUUUAAAUGAAAUUUCACUAGCUAGAAACAAGUCGUUAAAUCCCUGCCGAGAGCCAUUUACUUACAUAUAUUACUUUUUCCUAAUGAAAUAUUCUUGUUUAUAAGACAUUCCAUUUAACCCUCUUUUAACCCUCAGCUUGUUAAGAAUUAAGAUCUCUACUUGCAUUCUUGCAUUUUGAGUAGUUCCCAUGUCAAAAUAAUCAUAGUUUCCUAAAACUUACAUUCCACUGGUUCCUUUGAAUCUUCCCCACCAGGCUUCUCUGUAAUAGCAACAAGCCUGAACUGCUUAAUGCUUUUGUUAUUACUGAGCUAGGUCACAAAUAUCAAAAUCCGAAUCAGUGGCUUUAUAGAAAUAUAUUCGAUUAGUCCACAACCCAUCACUUUUCUCUAAAUUCUUCUCUAACAAAUUGAAGAUAUAAUACCCAAUUAUAUGGCAUUAUAUCCACUAAAUUGUAGUUCAUGCUAAGCCAAAUUAUAUUAGCUCCUUGAAUUGAUUUUCCUUGGUCAGGGAAAUUUUAAUCACUUUCCACCAACUUUAUUUUCCAAAUGUCAUCCAAAGUGUUCAGACUCUCCCUUCCUCAGCCUAAGACUUUCCUUUAACUUCUGAGGCCUUAGGCAUGGUGAUUGAAGUAUGGUGGGCAGAAAGUCUGCCUGGCACUUGCUAGUUUUUUAAGGCAUUAAGACAUUAUAUACAUAUAUUUUUGAAAUAAAAUAACAUACUUCUCACUGUCCUUUCCCCACACUCCUGUUCUUAGUUUUGUGUUUUGCUGUUUGUUGGGAGUGAAAAACAAGUGGGUGGUAUGAUCUAGGGUAAGAACAGUGAACUUCACAGCAGAUUUGGACUUACGUAGACCUGGCUUGUCAUUCACUGGCUCUGAUCCCCGGGGCAAGUCACUUGUCCUCUCUGGUUCAUUCCUCAUCUGUAAGUAAGGUGACUAGACAAGAUGACCUGAAGCCAGUUCUAAAGCAAGAAGUAUUGACCUUUGGUUUAGAAGACCAGGCUGCCAACAGGGCAGUGGUCACCUACUUUAUCCAUGGCCCCUGACAUAAGGUUGAUGGAAUGAAAUUUCCAAUAGGAACCAUUAUACAUUAAUUUCAGAAGCUGGGGUUCUCAAGGUCUUCUGAUUCAAACUCUUGAUUUUAUGGCUGAUGAAAUUGAGGCCCAGACUGGAAGCAAUGUGUGCAAAGUCACAGUGAGUAGCCUCCUGGAUGCAGAUUUCUUUGUUCGCUAUAAAACACACACACACACACACACACACACUUUGACAGAUACAGUGAAAUGUUCAUUGACAGAAUCUGCUUGUAAGAUUAUGUUUUUCAUAAAGCUGGCUGCAACUUACCACGCUCAGUCUUUAUAACUGCUGCUGUGAUUGUUUUACUCACAUAUGGGAAUAAAAUAUGCAAUAUGUUGUUAGAAAUAGCCCCAUUUUCACCAUUAUCUAUUCUCCUGUAUUUAAUAUUUAAUGAUUUUAGAUGUCUCUUUUAAACAAUUUGCUUAAUUUUGUACAAUUUUCUUCACCACAGCAUACAAGUUGUUCAUGUGAUGGUUACAAUCUAAGUUAUAUAAGAUAUAAAUGCCUAGUAGAUCUACCUCAUUAAGGAAAUUGGUUGUAAUUCUUGGUCGAUUCCCAGACCUAUUUACAGAAAGAGUGCAAUUUCUUUUUGCUAUCCUUAACCUUCUUUUCAAACUAAUGCACAGCCAGUGUCUAAUUUCCCUUUUUGCUAUGGUAUGUGAUAUGACUUCAGUUGGGAUUAAGAAUUAAGCAAGGGAUGUUGCAAAUUCUCCCAAGUUAGUCUCUUCGGUGAUACUAGUCUGAGAGUCCUAUUACAUUCAGCCCUGCCUCCAGGGUCAUAUGCUUUUCACAGACUUGUGAAGAUUGUUGGUGUUACAAAAAAAUUUUUUUGUAAAAAAAAUUCCCUGUAUCAUUAAACAGGCAUUUCCCAUUUGUCAUAAUUAUUUCUCAGCCUGUCAGUACUGAGGAGAAACAAGGCAUCUAAUGACUAUUUUGUGUCUCUGAAAGUCUGAGCAAUAAGAGACCCAUUUAUUUGGAAGUUUGAGUCUUUACUCACACUAUAAGGGUUUUCUACUUUUAAAAUGUAUUUGGCCACUGCUUGCCAUUUUUAUAAAAAUCAAAGUUGGAAAAAAAAGUCUGAAUCACAGGAUGUUUAUAGCCAUGCUUGUGUGACUUUAGGUGACCCUGCACCGCAUGCUCCUGUGCCGCUCUCCUUUAGUGCAACAACCCGUACACCCCCUGGUGGCGUCCCCCUCCUUCACCACCACUCCUCUUCAGUGUAAGCUGGCUCUGAUACUUCCCUAGGCAGCCUCUCGGACAGAGCACCUUCGAGAGUCUAGCCCUUUAAAUCUGCUGGUGGUGAAGGCUCUGACUGCUGUUAGCUUCCUAAAAGCCUUUUUUCUGUAAGCAAGGAUCUAAACUAAUACUUUGAUUUCUGGUAUUUGUCAGUAUGUUGUCUGAAAUUCUAAUGCCACAUGAGAACUGAAGCAUAUGCCGUCUCCAUUAUUUUUGCCACAAGCAGUGGACUCUGCAGUGUUGAAAGACAUCUUUUUAUUAUGAUCCACACCUAAAUACUCCCUUCUCACUUUAAUAAAACCAAAGGCUUCCUGUACUGCACCACUUCUGUAUUUUUUGUAGAGCUUCACAUUAAAUAAUUUUGCUGAAGUUCUUAAAAUGUCACUAAUAAACACCACUAAGUCUGUUGAGCAAAAUGUGUAAUGCAUAUUAGAAAGGGGUGCUUUCUCCUUUAUGCAGGGACGUGGGUAUGUGCGUGAUAUAUGCCAAUAUAGAGCCUACCAUUCAUCCCAAGACUGGAAGGACUGCUGCUGAUAAACUGGCUGCCUUCAAGUCAUGGUCGUCAGUGGUGGCCUUUGCAACCAGCAUCACUUUAGGCAGUAGGUGACGAUUACCCUUGUGACAAUCCUCACAAUGGAUUGCAUAUAUCCAUGUCAAAGACAAAAAAAUUCCAGACUGAUUAAGAAAGCUAGGUGUUUUAAUUUCCUUUGAUGUUUGAAAAACAAUUGACAGAAUUAUGGAAAGACCUUUGAGAAUAUUGAGGUAAAUUCACUUAAUUUUAUAGGUAUGUGAUGACUUAUUUUUGAGGAAUUACCUGGGACAUCAAUCUAAUCAUUUUCAUUCAUGCAAUAUUUGGUAUGUCUGGGGUGCUAGAAAUAAUGCAAACAAAAUAAUUUGGAUAAAUCUUUCUAUUCACCAGGAGCUGAUAGGGAUAAUACAGUUAUAUUGCUAAUGCAACCAGAUCUGUUAUCUUUAUUCAUCAUCUACAAUAAAAGAAAAAUGAAGUAAAACACUUGAAACUUGAACUUAUUCUAUUCAUUCAUUGCCACUCUGUUGGUGGAAACUGUCAAAGCCUUAGUGUGAGGUGCAUCUGGUUGAAUUAUACUGAC